AUGGAUUACGGCGAGCAAAUCGGCGCCGGCACGUAUGGGGUCGUCUAUUUGUGGCGGGAUGGCAACGAUGCUGUGAUAGUGAAACGUCCACAAACACGUGGUCGCUAUGAAGAAUUCCGAGCAGAAUUACUGAUUUUGAAGAAAUUUUCGCACCCAAAUAUUGUCAAGUAUCGGGAUCGCCCUUUUAAUUACAAGGUGGCUUCCGAGGACUUGUUGAUCUUUAUGGAAUAUUGUGAGCAUCAUUCGUUGCGAAAUGUAAUCAACUCUCCCCAAUACGUCUACCAUCUGAAGAACAUCAUGCGAUGGUUGAAGAAUAUUUUUUGCGCUCUGAAGUAUUUGUACGGCGAGAAGACCGUGCAUGGGGAUUUGAAGCCGGAGAACAUUUUCGUGGACAAGGCCUUUGUUUUGAAACUUGGUGACUUCGGGAGCCUCAAGCGGCUCGGCGAUUCAAGCGAAUUACACGAGCCCUUGCAAGUCGGAACCCCGGGCUAUAUGGCGCCGGAAUAUUCCGUGAUGGCAGUAUCGCAGUUAACGUCUGAGCAACGCUAUAAAGCUGACGUCUACAGCUCUGGGAUCAUUCUUAUGGAAUUGGUGAACCGCCGUGCCCACUUUCCAAACGCGGACAUUGUCUUUGACUUCGAAGUGCCGGAUUAUCUAGAAGAGAUCCUAACGUCGUGCACGAAUAGUUUUGUGGAUCAACGCGCUACCUCUGACCAAACGCUCCAAAAAGUCAUACGCCACUUGAGUGAGUGCCACCCUCCCGAAAUACGUCGAAAUCAAAAAUGGCCGGUGAAGCCGAUCGGACUCGAUGGCUCCAACCUCGAGCUGCCGACUCGGGAAGAAAUCCCGAACGUUACACCUAAUAGCUGGGCACUGAGCAGCAGGUUCUCGGAGGCUCCUCCACCGGUAACCAGUGACGCACGCGCUCCACGUUCCGCUCCUUUUGACGAUCUAGUUGAAAAGGCAAAAGUCAAGACAAGUUUCCACCCGCGCAUCAUUCGCCACCGGUAUCUGCCGGCAGCGCUAAGCAACUUACGCGUAAUCUACGAACUCUCGGAAGAAUGGCUUCAAGAACGAAAUAUAAAUCAAAUAAGAGCUACCCUAGCAAAUACUGCUGUCGAACACCUUGAAAAGGUAGAGGACAAAAAGGAUUUUGUCGAGAAAAUCAGCAAAUAUCGUGGCUUCCUCCAGCAGAAACUUUUGGAAUAUCGAGGUCCCACGUUGAUUUGUGGACCUGCCAACUUGAGAACAAAGUGCCAAAUCUGGGAGGGGACGCAGCUACCGGCCUCGCAGCGAACGCGC